AUGGAAUGGGCGGGCCUCUGCCGGGCUGCAGCCGAGCAGAGGGACGGGGGCUCCUCUUCUUACUUUGUUGAUGUAGAAGACCCUGAGGCCCCCCCCUCCUCUCCUGCUGCUGUCCGCUGCCGCCACGCUGGCCUUCCAGAUCAGUCUAUUCAAAUACACAAAAAUAUCCCUGUUGCUGUUGCUGCUACUGCUGCUGCUGCGCACCCCACAGACAAAAGAGAAGAGCUUAAAGACCGCAGCUCCCCUCUGCUGCUGCCUCCACCCCCUCAGUCAAAUACUGCACCUCCUCUUCAUAAGCACCAAACGCAACAGCAGCACCAACAACAGCAACAACAACCACUGGCGCUGAAGCAGCAGCAGCAAUGGCAGCAGAAGCACCACACCCUCCUUUCCCCAGCAGAUUUUCCGUUCAGCGAUUCUGUCUCUUCUCCAGUCAGCUGGCUAUCGCAGCAGCAGCAACAGCAGCAGCAGCAACCGCAGCGGCAACAACAACAACAGCCACAGCAGCAUAGCUUGCCAGCGGAUCCUUCUUUUCGGAAUCGCUGCCCUACCAGUGCGGGCGGGUUGGCUGCUGCUACAGAUAUUACUCCAUUUGAUGCUCUUGAUGAGUAUUGUAGAGGACCACAGAGAGUGAAAACACAAUGUGGGGAGUCUGAGGUGUACGCGCAGACACCUGGGAGUGUAGGUGCUGCUGCAGGUGCUGCUGCUUCAGCUGUUGCUGCUGCGGCUGCUACUCCAACUGCUGCUGUUCCAACUGCUGCCGCUCCAGCUGCUGCUGCUGCUGCCGCAGUUACUGCUGCAGACUACGGUGCUGUUUCCGCUGGUAGGGCUUCGUCUUCCUUGCGGUGUCUGUCUACCUUUGCUUAUUCAGCCCAGACAGAAAACGCGGCUGCAAUUCAAACAAAAACUUGUGAGAAUAGAGAAACCAGUGGAGCUGCAGCUUGCUCUAUCUCUCUGGGGGCUUCGGCAGCCGCAACAGCAGCAACAGCAGCAGCAACAGCAAUAGAAAGCUCCAGUCAGAGUGACUGGCAGUGGCAGGGUGCAGAAGCAACAAAUGAAGCACUGGAGUGGCCUCCAGGUGUAUGUACAGCACAGUCCACCCUUUCGCCUUGCGAUGCAGCAAAUUGUGUAUUCACAUUUAAACAAACAAAGUCUUCUUCUCAGGCAGUUCCUGUACACGAAGGCAAAACAGCAACAGCAGCAGCAGCAACUGCGACACAAACAACAACGCCUGCAACAGCAACAGCACCAGCUACAGCAGCUAGAGCAGCAACAGCAGCAGCAACAACAACAGCAGCACCUCUGCGUUCACUUGAAGAGAAAGGCGACACCGGGCAACCAUUCAAAUUGAAUUUAUCCGGGCUGCACGCAGCCAAGGAGCCGUCUGGUAGCUGUCCAUACACUGCAGAUAAACAACUUUACUCAGCUAGCAGCAGCGACAGCACCUCGUUACCCUCCAGCGAUUGCAGCAGCUACAGCAGCUACAGCAGCAACAGCAGCAGCAGCGGCAGCAGCAGCAGCCAAGCUGCAGGCUGGAGCUCGCGACCCAGCACCCCACACCCCUCUCCCGCUAACGACGCCGUUGCUGCUCUUUCUCUUCUUGUCUCGCCAGAUUUAAAAUGCAGUAGCACAGAAGAUGCAGGCAAAUGGAACAAGCCAGAAGCGGCACACAGCGAUUCGCAUGCGCUGCUGCAGCAGAAGCUGCAGCAGCAACUGCGGCAAACACCGCCACUGGAGCUGCCACAAGCAGCGCAGGCAGGCAAAGGAGUCCUUCAAAAGAAAUACACAGAAAGCGAAUAUUCAUUGCAGCAAGCAAAUAAACCCUGCAGGCCAUUCAGGCGUCGCGCGACGAAAGCGAGCAGCAGCAGCAGCAGCAGCAGCAGCAGUAGCAGAAGCAGUAGCAGCAGCAGCAGUAGUAGUAGCGACACCAGCGACCCCGAAAAGGGCAGACUUCUGGUUGCUGUUCAUAGUCCGAAGAGAAGAUUCAAAACUGCCGGAACCCCCAUGGCCAGACGGAGGCAUUUCAACCAGAAAUAUAGCAGCAGCAGCAGCAGCAGCAGCAGCAACAGCAAGCACUUCACUGUGCAUUUCGCUGAUGGGGAUUUAGACAGUGGUUUGUUGAGGCUGUCGAGGGCAACAGGGUUGAAUGGGGACGUGGGGGUGUCUGUACAGUGCUCAGAUUCUGCUGCAAGUUACAGCAGCAGGGCGCAGAGUGAUGAUCGUCAGUUCUUUGCUUCUUCUCAACAGAAGCAGCAGCAGCAGCGUGUGCAAGGGAGUGCAGACUCUAGGCGCGAGGGCCGGCUGCAGCAGCAGCUGCGGAUGCAACUGCGAGCAUCAUCAACAGCAGCACAAGCAGAAGUAGAAGAAAGCAGCAGUAGGAAGGAGCGAUUGAAGGGCCCCAUGCGGCAGCGAUUGCUGCGGCAAUACACAGAACACUUGAAUAAAUUGCAUGCAGCAAAAGAAGAGGCAAGAAGAGCCGAGGAAACUCCAGAGGCGCUGCAGCCCCGGUUGGUGCGUGUGGUGAUGGAGGGCUCUAAGCUUAAAGCUUUGCAAAGCAGCAAGUAG